AGAGAUUUACAGCCCAUGUGAGGUUUUAAUUCUGCUCGUGUUUGCUGAUUGGGUUGUAAAUCUGUUCUGGACGUAUCGAACCUUCUGUGCCACGUGACCACUGCCACUGUUUUUAAUUAACAUUAUUCAAAUUAUCAAUAAAAAAACAGAAGCUCGUACAGUGACUCCGCAGCGCGGUUCUGCGGCGGUUCUGGAACCGUGCUGCGGUUCUGUGUAGAUCCAUUGUUCCUCAGAGUGUUCUCCGGGGAGGACCCUUCGUGUCACAGGGCGUGACAGAGUCCAGCGUGGAGCUUCGGGAAGAGGAAAAGUCCAGCGGACACUGGUUGUCUUUGUGCCCGAAGACGCAGCGAAUCGAGCCGGUCAGCAGGCGGGAAAGUUGGGCAGCAGGAAUCACCGCGGCCCGGCGGAGGGGCGGAGGAUGGAGAACCUAGAGGAGACUAUUGUUCCGAGAGAGGCGGGUCAGAACUGCGCGUGAACAGGAAGAAAAACUUCUAGCAACAGGAGGAAUAAAGAGGAGCGAACAGGGCGUCGACUGUGGCGAGAAAAGACAGAGUAGACAGAGGUCUGGAUCUUCAGAUGCAUAAUCUGCGCUGACCGGACCCGUAUCGGCGCAACCUGCCAUGAUGCAGGCUGGUGGGGGUCAGGAGGCAGACUUGUCCUCUGGGGAUCUUUGUUCAAACCUCGGAUCAGCAGCUGCGGACAUGUCGCAGCGGAUCAGCGCAGAAAACUGCUGCGAGCUUCUGACAAAAGCAAAGCGCGAAGGCGCGGAGGAGGAGAAGCGGCGAAUCUUCCGCUACAUGAGCGACCACUACCUGGAGGUGCUGCGGACCCCCGCCGCAUACGGACGGCUGGCGGCGGGGGAGAGGGAGCUCAUCUUGGCACAGAGGUUGGAAGGGAAGAAGGUGCUGGCGGUGUCCGAAACCUGUGAGGUGUACGACCGCGGGGGGAGCCGAGAGGGCAGCCGACCACAGAGCCCGCAGCUGCCCGUCCCGGAGGACAACGCCCCGCGGCGGGUGUUCUACCUCCACCCGGACACGCGGCGGUGGGAGGUACUGACCAGCCUGCCAAAGGAGGUUCCAGCUAAAGGCUCCGGGAUGUGCACCAUGUACAACUACCUGUUUGUAGCGGGGGGCAUGAAGAUGCACGGAGACGGCCGCCCCGCAGCGUCGGACCGAGUGUUCUGCUACAACCCGUUGACCGGCCUGUGGAGCCAGAUCCGCCCGCUAACGCAGCCGCGCUGUCAGCUCCAGCUGGUCUCCAUGGACGGAUACCUCUACGCCAUCGGGGGGGAGUGUCUGUUCACGGUGGAGCGCUACGAUCCGCGCGCAGACAGGUGGAGUCAGGUGGCACCGCUGCCCAAAGGUUCCUUCGCCGUAGCGCACGAGGCGACCUCCUGCGGCGGGGACCUGUUCGUGUCGGGUGGCUCGCUCUUCUACCGACUGCUGCGCUACGACUGCCGCCGGGACGAAUGGGAGGAGUGUCCAUUUAACGAGAGCCGGCGCCGCUCAACGGACAUGGUGGCGCACCGGAGCGUCGCGUACCGCUUCGACGUGGACCGGGAGCGCGCGGGAGUGAGCGUGUAUAGGUACAACACGGUGGUGAAGGUGUGGCUCGGCGGCGCGUUCUUCCCGCUGGAGAACCCGCUGCCGUUCCGCUGCGCGGUGCUGGAGGAUCGGAUCUACUGCGUCAACAGGAGCCACGUGCGGCAAUUCGAGGUGCGGGAGGAGAGGGAGGGGUUCCUGUCGGAGGUGUUGCCCUCCCCCGCGGAGGCUAGAGGAGCCCUGGUGCCCUUUGUCCUCAUUUUGAGCCGGACCAAUGAAACACACCGGAACUGAGACAGAAAACCGGAGAAACUCGAAUCGUUUUCUUCCCGCCGCGGUGCCUUUUUGUUGCUGCUUGAAAUUCGCUGUUAGUUCCUGUCUGGGGUUGCUGGGUUGAAUCCCAGCACAGGAAGUGAAUGUGUUAAACACAAGUUUUUAUCCAGAGGCUGAGCUGCAGCGGGCGGAAGGAAAAAUGACUGAAUCACGGUUUGGAUGAACAUUAGAAACAUUAGAAACUCAGCUGAGGAAGAUCACGUGAUCUGUCUGGAACAUGAACAUUCAGAUCAUUUCUGCAGCUUUCAGCCACUUCUGCUCUUUUUCCUUAUCGAUGAAGUUUGUGUGUUAGCAGGUUUGUUUAUGCUUCAAAUAAACAGCUGGA